AUGUCUAAUUCUCGGAAGCGUUUUGCUAGCGAUUGUUCUGAUUUAUGUAAUUCUCGUGAGCAGAAACGUCUCCAUCUAAUAAGAAGCCACCCAUUAGGUAUUAAACCAUGGGGCAACUAUUACUUUGACUACACAAAUUCUUCAAAUAAUAACAUUAAAGGGGAUUGUCGGUCUCCUGGUCUGGGUAAACUAGCUGUGCUGACAGACGAAUUAUUACUCGAAAUAUUUGGGCUGCUUAGUCACCGCGAUCUAUUAAAUCUUCAAGUAACCAGCAGAGUUCUAUACUGCUUUGCAUUCUUUGAUGACUUAUGGAAAACGUUAGUAUUUGAAAGGUUUAAAGGGAAUUGGCAAUGGCGAGGGAAUUGGCGUCAAACUUUUCUUGGAAAAUAUUAUUAUCACCGCGACGCGUAUUUAAGUGGCAUCAAUUCAGUUUUUUCAACUAUCUCUGUUGUCAGGCUUGAUAACUUUUAUAGCGAUGUGCUAUUUCAACCGUUUUUGUGUGCCACUACACCAAUGGACGAGUUUAUCGGCAAAGAAUCUAUUGAUCGACGCGCCAAUUUGAGUAUGGACACGUUUAUAACCGAGUAUGCGAAACCGAAUAAACCUGUAAUUAUUACAGAUGUGGUUACUAAAUGGCCUGCGUACAAGAAAUGGUCAAUGGAUUAUCUCGUUGAGAAGUGGGGUGAUGUAAUGUUUCGCGCGGAAGCUGUUGAUAUCAAAUUACGCGAAUACGCGAGGUACGCAGCAAAUAAUAUGGACGAGAGUCCCUUAUAUUUGUUUGAUAAAAAUUUCGCGAAAAAGUGUUAUGGGAUAGAAAAUGAUUAUAGUGUGCCAGAAUAUUUUGCCGAGGAUUUUUUUAAAGUGCUCGAUGAGAAUAGACCAGAUUAUAGAUGGCUUAUUAUAGGACCAUCUCGUGCAGGCUCAACAUUUCAUAAAGACCCAAACUUAACAUCGGCUUGGAACGCUGUAAUCACUGGUUCCAAGAAAUGGAUCAUGUAUCCACCCAAUAUUUUACCACCAGGCGUUUUUACUAGUGAUGACGAGGCUGAAGUCACCUCACCAGUUUCUUUGAUGGAAUGGCAUCUUAAUUUUUACAAGGAAGCACAAAAAUCGCAACCACGUCCUCUGGAAGGUGUAUGUCGAUCUGGUGAAAUCAUUUUUGUGCCGAAUGGGUGGUGGCAUAUGGUUGUGAAUCUGGAAGAUUCUAUUGCUAUUACACAAAAUUUCGUGGGCACUCAUAAUCUACUUAAUGUGCUUUGUUUCUUGCGCGAUAAACCUGAUCAAAUUUCCGGGGUGUUUUGGAAAAAAUAG